AUGUCUUCGAAACCGUACUGUCUGGACGAAAUACUUGAUGUGACUGUUCUCUCAUUAGUAACAUCGGGUUGUGUAACGCUGUGCCCGCGGCGCGGCUGGCGGCCGGCGGGCGGUCGGCGGUCGGACCUCUGUGUUUAUACACUCUACCUACCUCUGCUACUCACACUGUCUUCUGAUCAUAAUUUCGUACUUAAGCAAUUGUUCACUCAGUAUCCCAUUACUUUACCGACCGCCCCCCUCCUACCAGCGCUAGUGGCCGCGAACCACGGACCUGUGACUGCAUGGACCAAACAUACCUAG